AUGUCUUCGGUUGUUCUUCUGAGAGAGUUCAUCGGUGAAAGACUGAGCGCUGCUGCCUCAGAAAUCUUCUCCGAGUUUGAGAAGACGAUCCUGCGGUACGAAGAAGAGCUCGACCGUCAGCGCAGACUGCUGGAUGUCAGCUGGAAACCUGAGCUGAAGCUGCACAGAGUCGACCAACAAGAGGAAUCAGUCCAGGAGACAGAGCUGACCCUCCCAGACCUACAGCUCUGCAGCCAGGAGACGAACUCCACUCUGGAUCAGGAGGAACCAGAUUCAGAACCUCAUCUGAUAAAAGAAGACCAGGAGGAGCCAGAAUCCAAACACGUUAAGGAAGAAGAGGAGGAACUCUGCACCGAUCAGGAGGAAGGUCAGCUCCACCUCAAGCAGGAGACUGACCUGUUAAUGGUGUCUGCUUUGACCGAGGGAAGUGAAUCAGAACCGGACAGGGACCAGCCUCAGAGUUCUGCUGGACUUAUCUCAUCUGAGAGAUCGUUUUACUGCCCAAUUUGUGGCGAAACGUUUUCUGGGGAGUCCUUUCUCCUGGAACACAUGAAGGUCCACAUGGCAGGAGGCCCAAACUCUGGCAAAGGGCAGCACUGCUGUCCGCUCUGUGGCGCCACGUUCACAGCUCGUAAUAGUUUAGUCGUCCACAUGAGAAGCCACAUGGGCGCGAAGCCAUUUUCAUGCACAUUCUGUAGAAAGAAGUUUAGCUCCAGCAGUAACUGUGAAAUCCACAUGAGAAACCACAUGGAUCGGAACCUUCUCUGUAAAGUCUGCGGGGAGAUGUUCACUCGUAAGGACAGGCUCAGGUUUCACAUGAAAAUCCACACAAACAAAGACCUGAACUCUGACCACUGCUGUCCCACCUGCAGCAAGACGUUCUCCUCCAGGAAGAGUUUGGUCGUCCACAUGAGCAGUCACACGGGCGAGAAGCCGUUUUCAUGCACGUUUUGUAGAAAGACGUUCAGCUGCGAUAAGAAAUGCAGAAUUCACAUGAGAGUCCACGAGCGCCGUUAUCUGUUUUCUUGCAAAGUCUGUGAGGAAACGUUUACUCAGGACGAGCUCCGAGGUCACAUGAAGACUCACAUGGGCGAGGACCUGAACUCUGACUACGGUUGUCCCACCUGCGGCAAAGUGUUGUCCUCCAGCAGCAGCUUAGCCGUCCACAUGAGGAGUCACACGGGUGAGAAACCCUUCUCCUGCAAAGUCUGCAGAAAAUCGUUCAGCACUAAAGGAAACUGCGUAAGCCACAUGAGGCUCCACACGGGAGAGAAGCCGUAUUCUUGCCAGACGUGUGGUAAAAGUUUCACUUACAGCUCACAACUUAAAUCUCACGUAAAAGUCCAUGAGGUGGACACAGCUGGUCCUCCGUUCUGCAACGACUCUUAG